AUGGCGCAACCGAUCCCGCAGCCCAAAGGCGUGCCGCUCCUGGGCAACAUCUUUGACAUCAAGCCCAGCAACACCUGGACGUCGCUGAAGACGCUGGCCGAGACGCACGGCGAAAUCUUCCAGAUCAAGAUCCUCAACAAGACCAUUGUCUUUGUCGCGAGCGCGGCGCUGGCCGAGGAGGUCUGCGACGAGAAGCGCUUCCGCAAAUUCGUCGGCGGACCGGUCGUCGAGAUCCGCGCCGCCGUGCAUGAUGCCCUCUUCACGGCCUACGACCACGAGGCCAGCUGGGGGAUCGCGCAUCGCAUCCUCGCGCCGUACCUCGCGCCCGACGCGUUGGCGCAGUGGCACGGGGAGAUGCGCGACACGGCGCAGGAGAUGCUCGACGGCUGGGUGACACGCGGCGGUGUCAUUGCGCCGUUUGAGCAGCUCGCGAGGCUGGAUCUCGAGACGGUGACGCGGACGAUGUUCGGCCAGCGGCUCGGCGCGCUCACCGGCCCGCCGCACCCGAUGCUGCAGGCCAUGGAGGAUUCGACGGCCGAGUCGGUGAUGCGCCCGGCGCGGCUGCCGCUGCUCAACACGCUCCUGUACGGGCGCAAGUUUGCGGGCGCCGUUCGCGUGCUGCGCGAGUACGCGGCCGACGUGGUCCGGCACCGCGCGGAGAACCCCACGGACCGGCAGGAUAUGCUGGCAGCGAUGCUGGCGGCCAAGGACCCCGUGACGGGCGUGGGCCUGACCGCAUCGCAGGUCCUGGACGAGGUCGUCACAAUGGCCAUCGGGAGCAGCACGUCGCCGUGUCUGCUGACCAUGGCCGUGUACCUCCUCGUGCGCCACCCGGCGGCCGUCCGCCGCGCGCGCGACGAGAUUGCCGCCGUCGCGGCGGACGGGCCGCUCGAGCACGCGCACCUGGACAGGCUCGACUACGUGGGCGCCAUCCUGCACGAGGCGCUGCGGCUGUCCUUUGCCGCGCCGGGCUUCAACAUUGAGCCCAUCCCGACCGCCGACAAGGCGCCCGUGCUGCUCGCGGGCGGCAAGUACCAGGUCGCGCACGACCAGGCCAUCAUCCUCGUCAUGGCCGGCAUCAACCGCGACCCGGCCGUCUUUGAAGACCCCGAGGCGUUUCGGCCGGAGCGCAUGCUCGGGGAGAACCUGGCCAAGCUGCCGCCCGGCGCCAAGAAGUGGUUCGGCAACGGCAAGAGGGAAUGCUUCGGCAAGGCGUACGCGUGGCGCUCCAGCGUCCUCGUGCUGGCCAUGAUGCUGCGCCAGGUCGACUUUGAGGCGGCGGACAAGGACUAUGUGCUGGCAAGGGACGGCUGGUUCAACUACCGGCCCGUGGGUUUCAAGGUGAAGGUCAAGGCGAGGGCUGAUGAGUGA